UCUCUUGCUGCUUAACGAUUAAUCGCUGUCUUUAACGACUACAUCGCUUUAUUAUUCGCGUCUCAUGCAGGAGCGUAUUUUCUUUGAGGGCUGACCAGGAUGAGUAACACGACAUCGAUCGUGCGUUGAGUCAUUUGACAGAUCCAUAUUUGAUUCUGGGUGGAGAGAGAAAGAGAGAGGGAGAGCGAAAGAGAGAGGAGGAGACACACGGGCUGUCUUCUUGUCUCUUGUGAGGAUUUUUGCAAGACUAAAAGACGUAUUAUCGCCUAAGCUUUCUUUAUUUCUCUCAAAUGUAAUGAGCAGAACCUGCUCCAAACGAAAAGCCUCAGCGAAGUCCGCGACGGGAGGAUGUUAAGGAUAUCUCACCUGACAUCGAUUUUCAGCAACAUUUUUCUCUGACCGUUAUACGCGACGCGUUAUUCUGAACGAAAACUUUUUGCCGCCUUAAUUUUUUUAAACAGUAACAAAGAUUACAACUCAGUCGCGAUGGUUUUACAGUGGCGUUAUGACAUCAGCGUGGAUUGGACGCUUUUUAGUCGAAUAUCGCUGCACUUUAAUCCGUUUUGCGUGGAAGUGUGUCUGAUUUAAGGACAAAUCAUUAUAGAAAGACUGUAUGUAUUUUACUUUGCUUUUCUGUCUUUUUCUUUAUUAAAAGAAAUAAUGCAGAAUAUCUAAGCAACAAGCGUCGCCAUACGAUGCGCACUUUCCCAAGGAAUAACGCAUCCUUCUUGCGCGGUGUUUUUGGAGAAAACCUCAACGUAUUCCCUCAUCAGUCUUACUUUGAUAAGGUCUGUGGUCGUUAUUAAGAUCAAAUCUGUUUUUUCCUUACCUGUAAAUACUGUGAAAAGUGCCUUUUUCUGUUUCCUAACGACAAGGAGACCAUGGCUUGCUUUCCAUGGCGGGUAUUUUGGAUAAUUCAAGCGCUUGUGGAUGUGACACUUUCGCAGGAAAUUUACGCUCCUCAUUCCAUCAGAAUUGAGGGGGAUUUGACCCUGGGUGGCCUUUUCCCGGUCCAUGCCCGUGGGGUCUCCGGGGAACCGUGUGGAGAUAUCAAGAAAGAAAACGGGAUACACCGGUUGGAGGCGAUGCUUUAUGCCUUGGACCAAAUCAACAGUGACGACGAGCUUUUGCCCAACAUCACUUUAGGUGCUCGGGUUUUAGACACAUGUUCGCGAGACACGUACGCUUUGGAGCAGUCGCUUACUUUUGUGCAAGCUCUCAUACAGAAAGACACGUCGGAUGUGAGGUGUACGAACGGAGAGCCCCCGGUGUUUGUCAAACCCGAAAAGGUGGUUGGAGUCAUAGGGGCUUCGGCGAGUUCAGUGUCCAUCAUGGUCGCAAAUAUACUGCGACUGUUCCAGAUUCCACAGAUCAGCUACGCCUCCACCGCUCCAGAACUGAGCGAUGACCGCCGGUACGAUUUCUUCUCUCGCGUCGUACCUCCCGACUCCUUCCAGGCGCAGGCCAUGGUGGAUAUAGUGAAAUCAAUGGGAUGGAACUACGUGUCUACGGUGGCCUCAGAGGGAAGCUAUGGCGAGAAAGGAGUCGAGGCCUUCAUGCAGAUUUCAAGAGAAGCGGGUGGAAUCUGCAUCGCUCAGUCCCUGAAGAUCCCUCAUGACCACAAGCAGGCUGAUUUUGACAAGAUUAUCCGACAGCUGCUGGAGACACGUCAUGCCCGGGCAGUCAUUAUUUUUGCUUACGACGAAGAUAUUCGGGGGAUCCUUAAUGCCAGUAAAAGAGCGGAUCAAGUGGGCCAUUUCCUGUGGAUUGGGUCGGAUAGCUGGGGAGCCAAGUACAGCCCUAUUCAAGGCCUCGAGGAUGCUGCCAUUGGCGCUGUCACCAUCCUGCCAAAAAGAGCCACUAUUGCUGUGUACCAAAGACAGUUUCAAAAACGUGGUUUGAAACCACCCCCGUUUCCUACCGUCACAAACAUGCAACCAAUCCUGUCAACGUGCGGAGACGGGCUUAUCCACCCUGAGCACAAAAACACCUUUAAGAAGGGACAGGAAAAAUCAGGUUUCGACGGCUACUUUACUACACGCACACUAGAAAACAACAGAAGAAACGUCUGGUUCGCUGAGUUCUGGGAGGAGAACUUCAACUGCAAGCUCAUGAGUUCCUCAAAGAGAGAAGACACUAGUAGAAAGUGCACAGGGCAAGAGCGAAUAGGAACAGACUCCAAAUAUGAGCAGGAAGGGAAGGUGCAGUUUGUGAUCGACGCGGUGUAUGCCAUGGCCCACGCCCUGCACAACAUGCAGAAGGACCUUUGUCCUGACCAGUCGGGAGUUUGUCAGGAGAUGGAGCACGCUGGUGGCAAGAAGCUCCUGAAGUACAUCCGGUCGGUCAGCUUCAACGGGAGCGCUGGAACGUCCGUCACAUUCAAUCGGAACGGUGACGCACCGGGACGAUACGAUCUUUUCCAGUACCAGAUGAGUGUCAACAGCACUCCUGGAUAUAGAGUUAUUGGACAGUGGACAGAAACUCUCCAACUUAACAUCGAUGACAUGCAGUGGCCCAACGGUGAGAUGGAAAUACCCAGUUCGGUCUGCAGUCUGCCCUGUAAGACGGGACAACGCAAGAAGAUGGUGAAAGGCAUGCCAUGCUGCUGGCACUGCGAGCCCUGUGAUGGCUACCAGUACCAGUACGACGAGACUUCUUGCAAGCUGUGUGCUUACAACAUGCGGCCAAACCCCAACCGGACGGCCUGCCAGCCCAUCCCAAUCGUCAAGCUGGAGUGGCAUUCUCCCUGGGCCGUCAUUCCUGUCUUUUUGGCUAUGCUCGGUAUCAUUGCCACUAUCUUCGUCAUGGCAACGUUCAUCCGCUACAAUGACACGCCAAUUGUAAGAGCAUCCGGGAGGGAGCUUAGCUACGUUCUGCUGACCGGGAUAUUCCUGUGUUACAUCAUCACCUUUGUAAUGAUUGCCACACCGGAUAUGGCCGUUUGCUCCUUUAGACGAAUCUUCCUCGGGUUGGGAAUGUGUAUCAGCUAUGCUGCUCUGCUCACUAAGACCAAUCGAAUCUACCGGAUCUUUGAGGAAGGGAAGAAGUCGGUUACUCCACCUAAACUGAUCAGCCCGACGUCUCAGUUAGCAAUCACGUCUAGCCUCAUCUCCGUCCAGCUCUUAGGGGUCCUCAUAUGGUUCGGAGUGGAUCCUCCGAACACCAUAAUUGAUUACGAUGAGCAGAAGACCAUAAACCCCGACAAGGCCCGAGGGGUUCUCAAGUGUGACAUUACAGACCUACAAAUCAUUUGCUCUUUAGGAUACAGCAUCUUGCUGAUGGUAACAUGUACGGUAUAUGCCAUCAAGACGCGAGGCGUUCCUGAAAACUUCAACGAAGCCAAACCCAUCGGCUUCACCAUGUACACCACUUGCAUUGUGUGGCUCGCCUUCAUUCCUAUUUUCUUUGGGACGGCACAAUCUGCAGAAAAGCUCUACAUCCAGACCACCACACUGACCAUCUCCAUGAAUCUGAGUGCGUCCGUGGCUCUGGGAAUGCUUUAUAUGCCCAAGGUCUACGUCAUCAUCUUCCACCCGGAGCUCAAUGUACAGAAGCGGAAGCGGAGCUUUAAGGCCGUGGUGACGGCGGCCACCAUGUCCUCACGUCUAUCGCACAAACCCAGCGACCGACCAAACGGCGAGGCCAAAACCGAACUGUGUGAAAAUGUGGAUCCCAACAGCUAAUUCUCGAAAUUUAUCAGGUCCGGCCGCUAAGAAGAAAUACGUGAGUUACAAUGACCUUGUGAUCUGAGGGCCUCCAUCACAGGAGGAAGGUGAUCGAUGACAGUUCCUGGUUUCUCUCGGCUCUUUGGCACAAAAGUAAAGCAAGAAAAAGGCUUUCGGUGUACCUCUGUUUCCAUCCUUCUUUUGCCUGAGGGCCAGGACAGUGAUUGGGCCCUCAGCUAAACCAACGACAGAGGAUCUCAGUUAAUUUUUGACACCUUUAAGAAAAAUAAAAAGGCAAAACAACCCCCCCCCCCCAAAAAAAAGAAAAAAAAAAGAAAAAUAUAUAUAUAAAAAAAAAAUAUAUAAAAAAUGAAUUGACAUCUGCAAAAAACACAGUAGCAGGAAUCAAUGGAUUUGUCAAUGGUACAACCAGAGGAAAUAAAUUUUGUUGUUGGUUUUUCUUUUCUGAUGGAGGAAACUGAUGGGGUGCAACAGUGGCACAACACGACUGAUCGCCUGUCAGUCAACGAUUGAGGUUGCACUUGCCGUGAUGGACGUUCGACAAGGCAUUUGUUCUGAUAAUCCAUCACAGACUUUAUUCAGGGCGCUGAUGAAUCGACAUGGCUUUGGAAUGCUGGACCGAGAGGUCCUCCUCAUCUUUAAAUGUACUUCCAAACUGCAAGUUUUUUUGGGAUUUUCCGUGCAUAUUUGUGUGGAUCUUUCAGCAUUUUCCUUUUCCUUUGCUGUUGGGAUUUUUACGUUUCCGUUUUUUUCUUUCAUUUUCAUUGCCUUUCUGGAUGCACAUUGUAUUAAAGCCAUAUUCUUCUCUAUGAGAUCUCAUUCCUGGAAUAUUUUCUGUUUUACUCUCUUUAUUUUGAGGAGUACUAUUUGUUUUCCCCCUUUAACAUGAUAAAUGUGACCGUAUGCCUCACAUUUUUUGACAUUCUCACCAUGUUUGUAAGGGUUUGUAGACCAUCGACUGUGUUGUUAGUGACUUUGAGAGAUGUUGCAUUGGUUUUACAGUAACUAAACCCCGGUGACCGAUGGUGUUUCAGAAUUCUUUUUUAAAGAAAGUGUUCACGUAGCAGUUGUCAAUGCAUGCUUGAUAUGUUUGAUGUUGAAGUAAAUGAAAAUCUCACCACAGUUCUCUCACACUGGCCUGUUUACAGAUAAUUUUAAAAGCCUUUAUUGAUUUCUCUCUUUCUUCUUAAGUACUAUCUCAUGAAUUUCUCAGACAUUCACUCACUCAAGGCAGAAUAUGGCUUUAAUUUGUCUUGGAAUUUUUAACUGCCCCAGAACUUAUGGAGAAAUUGUGCAAAAGAUAUGAAUAUAUAUUUAAAAAAAUAUAUGAAAAAAAAUAAAUAAAAAGCAUGUAUGUUUUAUACUGUUUGUACUAAGUAUUCAUGUUGCCCUUGCUGCUUAUGUGCUGAUAUUGUGGAAGACUUUUAUGUUUGGCCACUCAUGCAACUAUACUGUGGUGUUGUCCAAGAAUGUACCAACAUGAAAUAAAACCAUUUGGUUAUUUUUUA